AUGGAACUAGCACGCUCUAUACAGAAUUCCGCACUCUGUUUUCCUCCGGUCGAGGCACCGACUGCAAGAACCCAUUUCAUAGCUUCUUCUUCUUUAAUUCCCCCUCGAGCCCGUGUAUCUAUACCCGUUGAAAAGGCUAUCCCGACCAUGUCUGAUAUUCUAGAGGCAUCAAAAAGGCAAAAACUAGACCUUCAACUCCAGAGACUGGGACCCUUCUUCAGAAUUACAGCUAAAAGCUUGGAAAGUGGAACUGAGCUCGGAAAGGCUGAAGGGUUCAUCAGGCUUUGGUUUGGAGGAAAAAUCCUUCAUUUAGACUCUAUUAGACUGCGUAGAGAAACUUUGGGUAUGGAAAAAUCGAUCUUUGGAAUUGGUUUGUUCAUAGGAGCGGUGGCAAUUCGGCUUGGGUAUGAUUGCGGUUGCAAGAAAGCUGAAUUGCUUGCCAUCAAUGAUACUGACCUUUACCAUAGGAAGCUUGUUAGGUUUUAUACAAGAAUUGGAUUCAAAACAGUGUAUGAAGUGAGUGGCUCUUCUUUUGGAGAUUUAGCUCACAUGUUAGUAUGGGGAGGUGUUGGAACAAGGAUGGAUGCUGACAUUGAAGACCUUAUGAUUAAAUGGUGCUCCAGAUUUACGCCUCAGGAAAAGAAAAGUUAA